AUGGAUUUCCUACGCGUAGUGUCGGGAUAUGGGUCCUGCGACUUCUGUGCUGCAACGGAGGAUCCCAAGAAGGCUGUUACCGUGCAGAAGUAUGCCAGCGGCUCAGACGCAGCAGCCAUAGAGAAGAAGAUGAUGAAGUGGAUCAGCGACUGCGCGCAGUUGGUGGAGCCGCUGGGCGAGGUGAAAAAGCAGGCCAGUUGCUACACGCAGAACGCCUGA